AUGAGCACGGCGGCGGCGGCGAUGAGGAAGGGCCCGUGGACGGAUGAGGAGGACGAGCAGCUGGUACGGUUCGUGCGCCUGUUCGGCGAACGCCGAUGGGAUUUCUUAGCAAAGGUGUCAGGUCUGCGGCGCACCGGCAAGAGCUGCCGCCUCCGGUGGGUGAACUACCUCCACCCGGGCCUCCGGCGCGGCCGCAUCACUGCCGACGAGGAGCGCCGCAUCGUGGAGCUCCACGCGCAGUGGGGAAGCAGGUGGUCGCGCAUCGCCAGGAGCUUGCCCGGACGCACUGACAACGAGAUCAAGAACUUCUGGAGGACGCGGACCAGGAAGAAGGCGCUCGAGGAGAGGAGGGCGGCUGCCGGUGCGGGUGCGGCCGCGACAGCCACAGAGGAGCCGGCGUCUUCGUCGUCCUCGGUGACGACAUCCGAGUGCCGCCCCGGAUCGUCCCCCACCAGCGGCGCGGCCACCACGGCGUCGUCCUCUUCGGGCUCGUCGUCGUCGCUGCGGGAAGGCCGCUGCGGAGACGACGACGGCGACUGCGACGAUGACGCGGAGCUCGAGGAGGCGUCCACACCCACCGCGGCGCCGGCGACCAAGCAUGAGCAACAGCAACCGCAGCCGCAGGAGUACUACGACGGUUGUUCCACCAUGGACCAGCUGUGGAACGAGAUCGCGGCAGCCGACGCUGCGGCGAUGAGCUACGUCGUCGACGCCUGCUGGAGCGGAGCUGGUCACUAUUACUACAGCGCUGCCGCUGAGCCGCCGCCGGCGUCGCCGCCGUGGGAGUACUGCGGCUCAGAUUUUUCGCUCUGGAGGAUCGACGACCAAGAGUACUACAAGAAGAUGCUCGACUCCUCCUGA